CAACGAAGGCUACAACAAUCCGAGGCUCAAUUCCAGGUUGGAGAGCCGAUGCCAGCCAUGGCCCGCCGAAACUCAAUAUGUAGCCGCAAGCCAUGGCACACGCAGGUCCUGCAAGACAGGAAUGGGUGCUCUUGAAAUGAUUGUUGAAACGGCUUUGAUGUGCCGUUCGAGAGUUCAGAUGAGAUCCUCAUAGGCACUCUAUCACCACCCGCGCACCUGUCGCUCGCAAUGCCGUAUCCGUCAACAUUCCCGCACCUUGACAUUCCUAAAAAUGUCGACCUCUGGACGCUCCUCUUCGGAGAUCGGCUCCGAGACUUUCCCCCGGCCAAAGAGAUCUUGACAUGCGCCGAGACGGGCCGCUCAUACACUUGGGCAGAGCUGCGCAGGGCCUCGAUCGAGUUCGGUCAGGGACUCAAGGAGCACUGGGGAUGGAGGAAGGGCGAGGUUCUGACAUUCUACACUCCCAACUCCAUUGAUACCCCAAUCCUAACACUCGGUGCCCUGUGGGCAGGCGGUACUGUCUCUCCUGCCAACCCACUUUACACCGCCGACGAGCUCGCAUUUCAACUCCAUAACGCCGGUGCCAAGGGCCUCAUCACCCAAGCUGCCAACCUACCCACCGCCAUCUCAGCCGCCCGGAAAGCCAACCUCCCCCUCGACCGGAUCCUCCUUCUCGGCACACAUCAUGGCCCUGCGCACCGCAUCCAUCAUUUCACCAACCUCCUCACCCCUCCCCGCACCACCACCGCCAUCAAACCCGCUUCCAUUAACCCCAAACGCGACAUAGCCUUCCUCGUCUACAGCUCCGGCACCACGGGCCUCCCCAAGGGCGUCUGCUUAACCCACCACAACAUGGUCUCUAACCUCCUGCAGGCCAGCUACGUCGAAGGCAGCCAGUGGCGCUCACGCGGCGGCGCCGAUGGCAAGCAGCUCGGGAUCCUUCCCUUCUUCCACAUCUUUGGCCUGACCAGCGGCGUGCUGCUGUCGGUGUACGAGGGCUGGCAGCUGGUGGUGCUGGAGCGGUUCGACAUGACCAAGGCGCUGCGGGCGAUUGAGCGGUACCGGAUCACGUUCGCGUACGUCCCGCCGCCGGUCGUGUUGGCGUUUGGUAAGCAUCCCGGGGUCGAGGGGUUCGAUCUCAGCUCGCUGAAGCUGCUGCACUCGGGCGCGGCGCCGCUGACGCGGGAGUUGACUGAGGCGGUGUGGAACCGGUUGAAGGUGCCUGUCAAGCAGGGGUUCGGGCUAUCCGAGACGUGUGCGUUUGUGUGCUGCCAGGUGGUGGAUGAGUGGGCCAAGUUUAUGGGAUCAGUCGGGAAGCUGAUGCCGAAUAUGGAGGCGAGGAUCGUGGGGGAGGAGGGGCGGGACGUGGAGGAGGGGGAGGCCGGCGAGCUGUGGUUGAAAGGGCCCAAUGUCUUCCCGGGCUACUUCAGCAACCCGGAGCGCACCAAGGAAGCCUUUUCGUCCGACGGAUACUUCAAGACGGGCGAUGUGUUCAAACGCGACAAGCACGGCAACUUCUACUGCGUCGACCGUAUCAAGGAGCUGAUCAAGUACAACGGCUAUCCCGUCCCGCCGGCUGAGCUAGAAGGCAUCUUGCUAGGCCACAAGGAAGUGGCCGAUGCCUGCGUCAUUGGCGUUGAGGACCAAGUCAACGCCACCGAGGUGCCGCGGGCGUACGUCGUACUUCGUGAUAGGGGAGAGGCAAGCGAGGCGAAGGCACAGGAGCUUGCGGAGUGGGUGGCAGCCCAGGUGGCUCCCCACAAAAAGCUACGCGGUGGCAUACGGUUUGUUGACCAGGUGCCCAAAUCACCCAGCGGCAAGGUGCUGCGGAGGGUGAUGCGGGAGCAGGCGAAGAAGGAGCAGUGGGAUUCAGGCGCGAAGCUGUAAUCACCAACGCCGGCCAUAUCAAACAGUUCCGUGCUCUAUAUGCUGCCACGUACACGGUGGCCCACCUCUGACCUACCUUCCAUCUAGCUAGUUAGAUAUGAUACAAAUCACUCAC